AUGCCGAGAAAUCCAUCUCAAACACCCCCGUUUAAUGGUUAUGUGACAAUGGCGAAUGAAAAUUUUCCAAGUGGUGGUGCACCUGAAUUUCCCGAAUUUUCAACACAACUAACUAUUGGUGGCAGGACAGUUUCUAAUGAAGUCACUCCAAAUUCAGAGGAUUCAACUCCUAAGAGCAGGAAAACUCAGCAACCAGCAUGGAACACUGAACAAAAUUUGGUGCUAAUUAGUGGGUGGAUUAAAUUUGGAACAAGCAGUGUUGUCGGGAGAAACCAGAAAGGUGAAACAUAUUGGGGUAAAAAUGCUGAGUAUUGUAAUGAGCAUUGCUCAUUCGAUCCUCCGCGUGAUGGACCUGCAUGCCGAAACCGUUUUAAUUAUAGGAACAAAAUGUUGGGUAAAUGGAUUGGCGCUUAUGAUGGCGCUAAGCGUUUGCAAGGAAGUGGUUGGUCGGAGAAUGAUGUUUUGGCAAAAGCGCAGGAAUUAUAUGCAUGUGGGAAGAAUGUUAGAUUCACAUUAAUGGAAGAAUGGCACGCUCUCCGUGAUCAACCACGUUAUUGUAGUCAAGUAGGAUGA